CUCAAUUCCGGCGCGCUUCAUCCCUUUCAUAACCUUGUAACAAUCUAUAACAACCCCUCCGGAGAUAUAAGACAAACGGAACUUGCAAAAUACGCGUCUAGGAACGACUCGCAGGAACAAUGGCAACACCACAACAACUCCAGGCCGAGGGAUGCGUCCUGCGCUUUCCCGAAGCCCUUGGCUUCCACCCCGAGCUGAAGGUCCAACAUGUCAUGGAGUACUUCCAAAAGGCCAUCCCACUCGCGACGAAGGUGCCUUUCACCUGGGGAUACAUCGACCAGCCGCAAGAUGGCCAAACCUUCAUCGCCUUCUUCCCCUCCAAUAACUUCAGCUUCAACGAUGGUAUUCGCUGGCUGGACGAGAAGCGCUACAGUGUCCCUGCAGGGCCGAGGGAAAUCGAAGUCACCGAAGCCCGCUUCGGCUUUAUCCCCGGUGUCGACAGCCAAGCCUACCGCGUGCGCCGCCGCUUCCGCAUCCUACAAGGCGGCCACCCCUCCCUCGUUCUCAUUCACUACUCCCGCGGGCCGAUCAACAACAUCCCCCAAGCCGUCGCCCAAGUCCCCGUCCGCAACUACCCCCUCCGCCCCGUGAACGAGCCGCCCGUGUUUGUCAUGGGCGAGCGCGCGGGCCAGAAGGCCUUCCCGCCGGGCGCGAACGCUGGCGGUGCUAUGGGAGGUGCAGGUGGCAUGGGAGGGAUGGGAGCUGGAGCUAUGGGAGGCAUGGGCACAGCCGCAGGCAUGGGCGCCAUGGGAGGUGCUAUGGGGCCAGGUGCUGGGAUGGGACCUGGCGCUGGCAUGGGACCCGGUGGUGGGAUGGGCGGGAUGGGUGGACCCGGAAUGGGACCAGGAGCGGGUAUGGGCGCAGCUGGUAUGGGCGCAGGUAUGGGACCAGGCGUCGGUGGUCUUCCCGGCGGCAUCGGCGGAAUGCCCAUGGGCAGGAUGAACAUUGCGCAACAACAGGCACUCCUGGCGCAGCAGAACGCGUCGAUGGAGGCCAUGGAGCGAAGGCAGAGAGAACAAGCGGCGCUGCAGGCGCAAGCUGCGGGGCAUGGCCAUCACCCAGCCGCGCACGGCCAACCGCACGCCCCUUCGCAUCGCGCACCGCACCAACCGCGUGACGUCGCGCCCGACUCGGACGACGAGGGCGACCUGAUCUCGUCCAGGACACUGAGUAUGACGAGGUAUCGAAGGAACCACGAGAUAAUGAACGAGGUGUUUGCGUGCGCAGCGUUUGGCAAACAAAAGAAGGAAGAACCCGAACCCAGCCCGUACUCCAUCUUCGACAAGAAGGAGCUCGAGGAGAAGACGGUCAAACUCCAAGAAGAGAUCGAGGCGCUCAAGACCAAGGGCGAGGAGCGGCGAGCCGCCCGUGCAGCCGCCGAGCGAGAAUCGGCGGAGAAGCGGGCAGCAUUGGAAGCGAGCGCGGACGUGGCGAUGGAGGGUUUGACUCCGCAAGUGGUGGCGACAUAAGACGUGCGUCGGUUGUUGACUUGUGUUUGGUACGUGCCCGUUGCCGGCCGUGCUAUAUCGUUCGCUGAAAGGAGCAGCGUCUGUAUUCUACUCGUUGUAUAUCGCUUUUUGGACUUUCAUAUUGUCGUUGCAGUCGACUUUUCACGCUUUGUUACGACCUGGAAACAUGAGUGGCAGAGUUCUGCUUUAGC